CACAAGUUUAAAUCUUUAAUUUUCAAUGGUUUUUUCUUGAAACUGCAAGAAACCCUUCUAUAUCAUCUCUCCCCUGCCAUCCAAUCCACCCACUUUACCUCAUUUCUUUCCUCAUCCCUUACCCUUGUUUCACUUUUUUCUCUGAAGCACCUUCCUUUCUCUUACUGAACUUUUAAAAGUACUUGAAUAUUACUUGUGCUGUAGCUUAGGAAUUACUGUGGGCUUUAAAGGAGAUGAGUGCUUCAAAGUUCAUUAAAUGUGUUACUGUUGGAGAUGGAGCUGUUGGGAAGACAUGUAUGCUUAUAUGCUAUACCAGCAACAAGUUCCCUACUGAUUAUAUACCAACAGUGUUUGACAAUUUCAGUGCCAAUGUUGCCGUGGAUGGGAACAUUGUGAAUUUGGGGCUAUGGGAUACUGCAGGUCAGGAAGAUUAUAGCAGGUUGAGGCCACUGAGUUACAGAGGUGCAGACAUAUUUGUUUUAGCUUUUUCCUUGAUUAGUAGGGCAAGCUAUGAAAAUGUUCUUAAGAAGUGGAUGCCAGAGUUGCGUCGAUUUGCACCGAAUGUUCCAAUUAUUCUUGUUGGAACAAAACUAGAUCUUAGGGAGGACAGAGCAUAUCUUGCUGAUCAUAUGGGGUCUAAUAUCAUAUCAUCAGCUCAAGGAGAGGAGCUAAGGAAACAAAUUGGCGCAGCAGCUUAUAUUGAAUGCAGCUCUAAGACACAGCAGAAUGUCAAAGCUGUUUUUGAUACUGCAAUCAAGGUCGUUCUUCAACCAACAAGGAGGAAGGAAAUUGCAAGGAAGAAAGGACGCAGAAGUUCCUGUUGCUCAAUUGCGAGCAUAGUGUGUGGAGGAUGUGAUGCUUAGGACUUCCAUUCUCCAACAGAAAUAUCACCAACCACUUUUGAAGAAGGAUGACUUUUUUCCCUUUUUGCAAUGGUUUGGGGGAUAUGUGUUCUCAUGCAUAGGAUAGCCAGAAUGACACAAACUGACUGGAAGCUCAGUGGAGGGAAUUGUUCAUUCUCUCAUGUAUUGCUAAUUUGUUAUUAUGUACCUAUGAGAUUAAUGUUUUGGUGGUUUGCUGAAGUAAACUUGCUUGCUAUGUAUUAAAUUGCCUUACCUGGUUAUUAUCUGUGCCUUUCCCCUUUAUAUUUUAGCUUAGAGAAUAGAAUCUGUUGUUUCUUCUUCUUUUCAAAGUGAUUCACGUGAUACCUGAAUGAUCCAACACAAAUUCACGAGAAAAAGAGUUGUGGAUGGAUGAAAGCUGUGCCAUUUUGCAUUUUGGGAGACUCAUUAAUGCAAGGACGCAAUUUGCACUAUCACGUGCUCCUGUUACUCUUG